GACGUGACGUCAUAAUUAUGCGCAUGCACGGAACCAAGCUUUUCCGUUGACGGUGGAUUUAAAUGUUUCAAGAACAAGAAAAGAGACGCGAAGGUUUGUGGUCGUCAGGCAGGUCUCGCAAAGAUCCCAGCUAUGUCCUCCUCUAAGGAAGAUGCGUUAUCCCCUGACGAGCUGAGGAAAAGACUCUAUCAGACUUUUAAAAGUAAAGGAGUUCUUGAUACACUCAAGGCACAGCUGCGAAAUCAGCUCAUCCAGGAGUUAAAGUACCCAGCUUUGGCAGGCCAAGAACCAGUUCCCAGGCCAGCACAUGUGAAACAUGAACCCAUUUUAGUUUCAGCCUGUAACAGCAUAGUGGCAGAUCAUCUCCAGAACUCAGGGUGUGAGUACACACUUUCUGUGUUCUAUCCUGAAAGCGGAUUAUCUAAAGACAAGGUUUUUACAAAAGAAGACCUUCUUCAGCUUCUUAAAAUAUGCCCUGAAUCAAACCUUUACAAGUCAUUGUCUUCAAAUAAAGAAAACCAUGAUAGGGGGUUCCUGAUCAGCCUUCUAACACAGCUAACAGAUCAUUAUACUCGGAACCUGUGCCACGAUGCCGACACUCAGACAAGUUUAUCAAGUUAUGGAGAGUCUCUUGUAGAGAAGAUGAAAACAAUAGAUCGGGAAUACGAGGGUUUGGGGUACAAUGAGGACAAAGUGUUUCCAUUACAGUCAAAACUGUCUGCGUAUAGAAAAGACAUUGAAGUGCAGAUGGAAACAGAAAUGAACUUAAAGAUAGAACAUUUUAAAGAAGUUGAAAUUGCCAAAGUGAGGAUGGAAGAAAAAUCCAAAUUUCAUAAAGAAUUUGAAAGGCUGAAGCAGGAGCUGGAGAGGACUUAUGAAAUGAAGACAAAGGCCCUGAUGGAGCGAGAGAAAAAUGCUAUUGAUCGAUUGCAAAAACAGCAAGAGAUUGAAGAAAAGAACUUAUACAUUGAGAGACAGUCAGUGCUGAAGGAAAUUGAAACACUACGUAGCAGAGAAAAUGAACUGAGGAUGAGAAGAGAAGCCUUCGAAAAGACUUGUCAAAUCCAUGAGGAGAAGAUCAAGACAGCUGAAGAGCUGCUGAGGAGGAGAGAACUGGCUGUGAAAACCAUGGAGGACACGUAUGACCAGAAGCUGAAGAAUGAACUUUCCAGGUAUCAGCUUGAACUAAAGGAGGACUACAUCAAGAGAACAGAAAAGCUCACAGAAAGUGAGAACAGAAACAAAGUGGAAACUGUCCGUAUCCAAAAGGAGUCAGCUGCAAUUAAUGCCAAAUUGGAGGACCACAGUAAAACGUGCUCAGAGCUGAAGCGGCUGCAGAUCAAGUUAGACACAGCACAGCAGCAGAUUUCUCUGCUGACUCAACAGAAGGAGCUGUUAAGGGAAAGAAUGGAGAGCAUGAGUGACUACCCCCGCUUAACAAAAGAGAAAGCAGAGCUGCAGGGGCAGCUGCAGCUGCUAAAGAAACAGCUGGAGGAGGCCCAAGAGGAGAAACGGCUUCUUCAUGCAGAUUUGGGCAAACCAUCCAAAGAGCAACUAUCCUUGCAGUUGGAGCUUCAGAGGCUACAGAGUGCUCGCAGAUUGGAUGCGGAAGAAUUUGACAACCAGAAACAGGUGCUGCAGGCACAGCUCCAGAGUGAGAUGGAGCAAUGUGCCCAGUUCAAAGCUCAGCUGAUAGAGUGUAGAGAGAAAUCCCAGUGGAUGGCUAACCAUGUUGAGGACAUUAAAAUGCAGCUUCACCAAACUCAGCAAGCUCUUGAAAAUGAAGUGCUGCGUAAUCCCAAACCAUCUCUUGUUGAUCGCUCUGUACUAGAGCUCGGCGCUGACAAGCUGGUUCCUCCUGACAUCUAUGUGGACAGAACUCUGCUGAGGGCCAGGGUGGGUUAUGAUGUUUGUGAAAUAGAUGGCAAUCUGGGAGGAAGCAAAUCGCCUUGGAGUGAUGUACCAGAUUCUGAUUUGGAGUUGGUAGCUGAAGCUAAGACUCGGAUCAAGGAGCUGCAGAGGGAGGCUGAGACUUUAGAGGAAGCUUACAGGAACUACCAGCAGAGGGCAGUGCGCUCCACCAUCUCACACAUGCUUCCCCCAAGACCUCUUUCCCCACAACAACCACAUCCUUCUCAUUUCCCUGACUCUCCUCUUAGAAAACACGACCCUCUCCGUCCACACAGUCACUUAGCCCACAAACCAAAGAUCUCACACAGACCACUGUCUCCUCAGUCUAUCCAAUCCCCCUCCAAUGGCACCAGAAAGACUUUACCAUCUGCACAAUCAAGAGUUACCUUCUCAGAAGAUCAUAACCAGCCACAGGCCACAUGUUUUGUUGACCACAGUCUCUAUUCGCUGACCGAGCCUUUGUUCCUAAAAAAUGGAAACGCUCCAGAUGAAAGCUUGGCUCUAUCCAAGCACCCAUCCCCUACAACACAAUCUUCCUUCAAGAAUAAUCUUCAAAGAGAGCUUACAGAAGGGCCAGUCGUGUCUGCAGUCCUGCUUCCACAGCUGUCGUCUGACAGGCAGCUCUCUCCUGCCCUCCACAAUGAGGUGGUGACCUCAGAGGACUUGUCCUCCGAGCUCAGUCCACCUCGCAGUCCUCAGCUCAGGAGCACAGCACGCGACCAUUCCAGUCCACCAAAGCUACAGCAAGUCUUCUCCAGCUCAGAGUCUUCCCCACAGCCUGAGAAGAUAAGCCUUGAAGAUCUCACUGGAGGAUUAUCAGAGCCCGGCCACAUUCCAGAGCUUCUCCUGGACACUGCUGUUCCUCUCUCCGAGGAGGCCCCUGCUGGCCCCCACCCACAAGACCUCCCAAAAGACCUAAUAGACUCACAGGGCCAAACGGAACUCCCACAAAGUUUGGUUGAAUCUGAAAAGGAAGAAGAUGAAGAACAAAGGUGGGAAAGAGAGCGGAAAGAAAGAGAAGAAAAAAGACAAAGGGAGCAGGAAGAAGCCAGAGAGAGAGAGCUGCAAGAACUUGAGCGACUAGAGAAAGAGAUGCUUUUGCAAGAGGUGGAAAAUCCAAAACAGGAAGAAGAAGAAGAAGAAACCGGGGUUAAGAAAGGAGUAGAUGAAGAAAUCAGUGGAGAGAAAUAUAAUGAGUCUAAAAGUGAAAAUCCACUGGACAAAUACAUGAAGAUGGUCUUGGAAGCAAGAGAGAAGCAACAUGCACAGAGCUCUCGAAGAGAAGAGGCAGAAUAUGCAAGCCCAGAGGCCAAGAGUUUGUCUGAGGAUAAAGAAGACAGCAUUGCAGCAUAUUCACACAAGGAUGAAGAUGAUGAUUUUUGGUGAGCUGACCAUCAGUUUGUGGCAUCAUAAUCUGAAGUGUAUAAAAACAGAUAUUUCAAGAAUUUGCUUAUCAGUCCUGCAUGUUUUCUUUUUUUGUAUGAAAUUCAAAUAAAUGCAUUUUUUAAAUCUGUAUACCAAUCAAUUCUAUCAUGCAAAGAACAAAAGCAUCACAAUUGGAAGAACGUUUUUAAAAAAACAUUUUUAUUUAUUUUCAUAAAAACAGUCAACAGGCCGGUGAAGUUGUUUCAUAAAGGGGUUUCCAGUCAGACAGGAUGGUUUUUGUUUGUUUUCUUUUAACUGAUUACUGUCCUCCUGGUGAUUGAUAGAUAGCCUUGUAUUUACUUUUUUGGUUCAUUUAACAGGAAACACAACAUACAAAGACAAGAUGUGGCGUACAUUACCUUCAUGUACAUCUGUCAUCUAUCCGCUCGACCACACCUAUUGCCAGUCCUACAUAAAGCACUGUAGGGUCUGUACCACUGUAUCAAACAGAUACCGUUUAACACUGGCAUUCAUACUUUGGCUGAAUUUACCAUUUAUAAUUUUAUACAACUGUUUAAAGGACUGUUGUUGUGGCUAAUUGUUGCUUGACAGUUUUGAAAAGUUAAGUAUCAGUUAAUCAUGAAGCCCUUGACAUACAUAGAAAAUACAGGCAUACUAUCAGGCAACAAAACAAUAAAGUAUACUUCUCAAGUGAUUAAAAGAACCUAAAAAAAAGAUCUAACUAAUGUGCUACAUAGCUUUAUAUUCUGUUAGAAAAACAGGAAAUGGGCAAACACUGCCAACUACUGAAGUCAGUAUACAUAACUGUACAUCACAGGUCACCACAGAAGUGGUCGUCUUUAUACAACAAAGUAACAUCUCGAAUUAUCCCUGUAACUCAGCUAAUAAAGAUUACAAGUUGUUAUUUUAACAUUGUGAAAAUUGCACAUUAAUAUACAAUUAUAGAAAAUUGUGAAAAAAGGUAAGAAAUGAAAAAAUGUGACCUGUAAUAAAUUUAACUGAACUUCUUCAAACGCAUGUGACAUAGUUAUGCUUAUUAAUAGGAUUUCCGUUAAAUCAAGUCAUUUUUGAUCAUAUUGUGCAUGUUGCAGAUAAUCACAACUCUUCAUUGGCAAGUACUGAUGUUUUUGUUUUUUCCUCCUAUGUGCCUAAAUGAAUACGUACAGGUCAGAGUAAGUUUUUCUUGUAGCAUUAUCCAAAGUCUAUAGUACUGUGAAUCAGUUGAACUGUUGUGCAUGUGUGGGGGUGUAGCUACACAAACCUAUCUAUGUCUUUGAGACAUCUUUUUACAACUGGAAUUGGUUUAAUUUACACCUUGCAAUGGGAAUUGUUUGUCCAUAGGCUCUAGUGCUCACCUGAGGUAGAGGUAAUGUAGGCCAUGACUUAAGUAGCUGUACAGCUAAUAACUAAUCCAUAACUAAUGAACAGCAUUCAGACAAUCACCAACUGAGAUGGAAAUGCAAGUAAAUUCAUAAUCAUCAAGGAUUAUAGAUUUAUAGUGCAUGUAUUACCAACUAUUUUAUAAAAGAAUCUGGUGCAAUAGUUUACUUUCCCUAAAAAGGUCAGUAUAGUGUGACGCAUAACUCAGACUGGAUGUAAGGCUGUUCAUUUGUAUAAUACAUCUGCAAAACAGAACAAAAACCAAAAUGUUUCAUCUUCCUUAGCUGAAAACUAAAGAAGGAUCGAGCAAGACUGUGAAACACUGGUGUGCUGUGUAGGAAUAGUGCAAUGUCACAAGCUUCACCAGCAAAAAAACAACAAAGGUUAUAAAAACACACGAACAUCAGAACUCAGAUCACUCUUCCCUACAGAAAAUGAAAAAUAAAAAUUAGCAUGAAUGAAACUUCACAGAGCAGUUGUGAAACAAUUAGUGCAGAAAGCAACACUGAUGCAUUAGUCUGUUAGGAGCCUGGUUAGUACUGCACAGUGUCAGUUGGCAUGUUAUUUUAGCUGAGAGUCGCCUUGGUCCAGAGGGCCCACAGUGGUUGGCCACAGUGUCUGUUAUUGUAAGUAUGUGUGCUUAUGUAUGUGUGCGUGUGGAUUGUAAGCUUGAAAUAUCCUUAUGUGUAGGAAUUGAGGCAUUCCUUUGAGCGUGAGGUGAUGUCCUGCAGCUCCCGCUCUUCCUUCAUUUUGAUGUCUUGGUAGGCAUGCAUAUGACUGGCAUCCUUAAGGUAGGCCCAGUUUGCUGAGAGAAUCAUGAGGAAGUGGAUCUGGAAGAGAAGGGUGAGGUGGAUGGCCGGUGAGCAUGUCAAAGAUGCAAAGCAAGCUACAGGAGUCAGAGCUACAGUACGUACAUUACGGACAUACACGAACGUAAAGUUAUGCUUUUUUUAAACAAAAAAAAAAAAGGACACUGUGGAAAAAGAAAUGUUACGGGUAUUGUAACAGUGCUGUUACAAUCAUUACUAAUACUUGGCGUUAUUACCUCGCUACACACAAUACUACAGAAAUGACACUUAAAAGAUGAGGUGAUGAGUGGAGGAAGAUAGCGAGAGGCUGUACAUGCAAAAUGAGCAGAGCUGUAAAAGCUUAGGUUAGUGCAAAGCACAAGAUUCUGAAAUUUGCAAAUCUGAGCUGUAGGAUAUAUAAUAAAUAGACCAGGUGGGGAUUCUUUUUGUAAACAAAGAUUGUUUAUUUUAUAAAGAAAGUAAAAGCUACAGUCUUUGAAAAACUUAGGAGAAAUUUAAAUAUAUGAAAUAUGGAGUAUAAGUAACUAUAAACAGAUCAAAGUAUCUGAAAACUGUAAGCAUGCAGGCUCAGUGUUAAGAUAAAAACAAAUGGCUCUUAAAUGGCACUUUGAGAAAGAAUAAAGGAAAAUGUAUGAAACAAAACGCCAACUUCGUAGCUGGGGUAAUAUCAGGAUCAGCUCUCAUAGAAAAAAAAAAUACUGUACUCUAAAAUAGGAUCAUUUCUCUUUUUAUAAAAUACAUGGAAUUAAUCCGAGUAAUAGGGCCUCAUGCAGAUCUAUAUGCACGGUACUGGCCUAACCCUUUAUUUCUGCUACUUUCGAUAUGUGCAGUUACUUUGAAUUCUACAAUACACAGCUGGUUGUGGUAAUACUCAUCAGCAUAACACAUUGAAUAAAACAUUUUAGUUCAGUUUAGAAUCUAACUCAUGACCCAAAAAAUUAAUAAAACUGAAGGUUUUCCGUGUUUCACACAUCGGUUCUGAAAGAUUUUAAGGCUAAGCAAAUAAACCAAAGAAAUACAAGGACAAGGCACUUUUGCCGCCAUCACAGCUCAUUUUACAGAUUGUUUGUACUAAAAUCCAUCCACACCAAAAUGCUAAUCUGUCAAUCAAAAAAUAUUAAGCCUGAGAACACCUUCAAUAUUCGUCAUCAGAUGCCCACGUGUUGUACGUCUAUAUGAGCCACGUGCAGUCUAGUGUAUUUAUCAGAUCUCAGAAUGGCAGCUUUUUUAAAACCUGCACACUUGUUUUACAAGUGUCUCAGGAGUUGAAGCUCGCCAGCUAAUGGAAGGUGAAUAACUGCAUUCUUAAUACUGCGUGUGUGUCUUUUUUUUUUAAUCUAACUUACUCAUGUGGUUUGUGCAGGCCAAAACCACCUUCACAAAUUACAAAUAUAAAUAACACUAUUGUGGAUUUCUAGCUGCGCACAUUUCUAUUUAAAAAAAAAUAAAAAUUCUGCUGGUGACAUAUUUCAAUAAGUAAGUAUAAAGGAAAGCAGAACAAACCAGUCAACUAAACACCAUCAUCCCACUCUGAAGACAACUCUCAUCAGGUGUCCUCAGACGAGCAUUAUCCCUGGAUACCAAAUGCUAAGAGAAG